AUGUCUCCAAUUGCAGCCGCGCCGUCAUCGGCGUCCAAAAAAUACAAGUCAGAAUCUACAUUGGCAAGAUUGUUGGGCUCGGGAUCUGCUGGUAUUGCUGAGCUUGCCGUCUUUCACCCUGUCGACACAAUUGCAAAGAGAUUGAUGAGCAAUCAUGGAUCGACCAAGGGCAAACUAGCAGAGGUUAUCUUCAAGGAUAAGGCAACAGCUCCAAUCGGCACCAAGUUCUUUUCCCUCUUCCCAGGUCUAGGAUAUGCUGCAGGAUACAAAGUCCUUCAAAGAGUCUACAAGUAUGGCGGACAGCCAUUUGUUCGUGAUUACCUUGCCAAGAACCACGGUAGCACAUUCGAUAACACAUUUGGCGCAAAGACUGGAAAGGCGAUGAUGAGUUCAGUAGCAGGAAGUCUUGUUGGAAUUGGAGAGAUUGUACUUCUUCCCCUUGACGUUCUCAAGAUCAAGCGACAGACAAACCCUGAGGCUUUCAGAGGACGAGGAGUUGUCAGAAUCGUUAGAGAUGAGGGUUUUGGAUUGUAUAGAGGUUGGCAAUGGACUGCUGCAAGAAAUGCACCCGGAUCAUUUGCUCUCUUCGGAGGAUCUGCCUUUGCCAAAGGAUAUAUUUUCAAUUUGAACGAUUACAACAAAGCCACCUGGUUCGAGAACUUUGUAGCUUCUAUCGCCGGUGCCUCUGCGUCCCUUGUCGUCUCUGCACCCCUCGACGUUAUCAAGACCCGUAUCCAAAACCGUAACUUUGAGAACCCAGAAAGUGGCUUCAGGAUCGUGUCAAGCAUGAUGAAGAACGAGGGCAUGACAAGUUUCUUCAAGGGUUUAACACCAAAGCUCUUGAUGACCGGACCAAAAUUAGUGUUUUCUUUCUGGCUUGCACAAACUUUAAUUCCUGCUUUUGAUAUCGCUCUUUCCAAAUAG